AUCACAGCGAUUUGUCUGCAAACUCCGAACCUCGGCAUCUGCGCCAAGCGCAAGGAAGUGCUAGUCAGAUGCUCUGCGUUUGAUAUUUCCCUAUAAAUCCACAUCGCCCUGCGCUCCAUACCGCCCUCUCCAGAGCAUCGGAGACUCCCGCAUAUUUUUGAUAGUGCCCGUUAUGGCUGACACUGAAAAUCCCCCUGAUUCUUCUGCGCCCGCCGUUGCCGAAACACCGAAUGUGGGGAAAUCGGCCAGUCCCGCGGGGGGUUCACCACCGCGACCAUCGUCCUUGAAUGUUGCUCAGCGCCAACUGCUAGGAGCCCUCAGGGCAACCGACGUCACCAUAGGCCGCUUGGACAAGCUCAUGUCAUCGGCCUAUGGUCAAGAACGAGUAUUUGCUGUCACCGGCUAUCUCACCCAUGCGCUCCAUCACCUCCUCGCCUCCGCACCAUGGAUUGCCCUCCAAACACGGCUUGGCCUUCUGGCCCGAUUGAGAUCCAAAACCAAGCCUGUCGCGUCUAACUCGACCCCCUCGCCGUCCCGACUGCUUGCCCUCUCCGCUCUCAUGUCGGAAACCCGCUAUAGCCUCCGGCUCUUGGGCCUCUUUCCUCUCUGGACUUGGGGUUCCGCUACAUUGAAAUCUCCCCCAUCGGACCGCAUCCUCUACGCGCUUACCCUUCUCCAAGUGGUUGUGAACAUGAUCUAUCAAGCCCUUGAGAAUGCUGGCUUCCUAGCUUCCAAGGGAGUAAUUUCGAAGAAGUUCAUCGACCGCUGGGGCGGCAUUGACAAGUGGUAUAUAUGGAGUACACGGGCUUGGUUCGGCCACAUCUUCUUCCAGUUCUUCGUGCUGUGGAGAGAGCAUGUGCUCCGGAAGAAGAGAAUGAGUGGUGAAGUAUCAGAAGAGAAGAAGGAGGAGGCCUUGAAAGCCGAGGUUCGCGCCUGGAAGAAGAGCCUGGUGAAUAAUACCUGCUGGGCCCCGUUGUGUCUUCACUGGUGUUUCGAAAAGGGAAUUGGUUUCCCUGACAGCUUGAGCGGGGUUGUUAGUUUCAUGGCUGGGGGUUGGGGCGUUUAUGACUUAUGGACCGCAACUGCGCAGUCCUAGACAAACAGGAAAUCCGGCUGGACUGAGAUCUGUAUAUAACUGUGGCUUAGAGUAUAUUAACUGGCGCAAACCGGGGAUAAAAUCUCAAAGACUUUAUGAUAGAAUAUAAUUUUUCCUAAUUUU